AUGUCAAGAGAACCACCAACUUACGAACAAGUAUCUCCAUACGACGACAAUGCCAGCCCCAGCGGGUUUAGUGAACUACCUCCAGACUUCAAGUAUGACGUCAAUGUGUCUGGUUGUGAGUUGCAAAUACGACAGGGCUUCAUAAGAAAGGUUUAUACUCUGCUAUCCAUCCAACUCUUUACUACGUUCCUGACUGGGUUCAUCAUUUACAAUAAUGAUAGCAUUAAGAUAUGGUGUUUAACCAAUAUCUGGCUAUUCUACGUCUCCCUGGUAGGCAGUAUUGCGUUUUUAGGAUUCGCCUACUGGAAAUCCAAGUCAUAUCCCUACAAUUUGUUUUUGCUUCUCGGAUUUACCAUCUGUGAAAGUUAUGGUAUUGGAAUGGUAACUUCAUUAUACGACAGUAAUAUCGUUCUACAAGCAAUUUUACUUACUUUGGUGACCUUUAUCGGUUUAACACUAUUCACAAUACAGACAAAAUACGACUUUACACAAUGGCAGGGCAUAGCCUCGAUAGCCCUUUUCGGAAUGUUUUCCGUGGGCCUGGUAUCGUUAUUCCUGCCAUUCAGCUCUACAUUUGAACUAUUAUACUCCUGUUUGGGAGCUUUGAUAUUCUCUCUCUUCAUAUUGAUUGACACGCAGGUAGUGUUGACCAAAUGUCAUCCCGAUGAGGAGAUUGUGGCCACUAUCAUGCUAUACUUGGACAUCAUCAACUUAUUCCUCUUCAUUUUGCGUAUCCUUAGCAACCGUGAAGAGAACUGA